CGGCCGCCUUCCGGUCCUGCGGCAGCGCGGCGAGGGACGCGCUGAGGACCGACUCGCCGCCGGGCAGGGCGACAGCUGGCAGCCGCCGCGGGGCAUCGACUACGGGGACGAGGAGCGCGAAGAGCGGCUCUCCGCUGCCGCCACCAUGCUGAACUUCUUCCGCUCCAUCCCCACGCAGAUGGACUACAAGGGCCAAAAAUUAGCAGAACAGAUUUUUCAAGGAAUCAUUCUUGUCUCUGCAAUAAUUGGUUUCAUCUAUGGAUAUAUAACUGAACAGUUUGCAUGGACUGUCUACAUAGUUAUGGCUGGAUUUGCUUUAUCGUGUUUGCUAACACUCCCUCCGUGGCCUAUGUACCGCCGCAAUCCCCUGAACUGGCUACCUGUCCAGGAGACGGGAACAGAAGAAAAGAAGACAGCAGACAGAAAGCAGAAAAGACGCUAAAAGCUAAAAAAAAAAAUGUGGUUCAUGCUGUUACUUUGUUAUGUUUUCUAAAUGCAUUUCCGCUGGCAGAUACUUCA